GUCGGAUGAAUGCGACGGCCGCUUCUGGCAGGCCCGUGUUGUUUGUGACAGCGAUGAAAAGAACACAACAGGUGACUUGCUCAAGACCGCAUGAUGGCACAAAAGAAAUGCCUAGAGCGUCCCAAAUGAAUGAAGACGCCUUAUUGUCCUUACCGAACCCUAAACAAAAGCCCCCUUUUACCGUCACAGCUGCAAAGAAAUCCCAAACCGAAAGAAGCAAUCAGGAGGACUGCAGAUGUUUAUCAAAGCGAAAUCUUGUGCCGCCCCCAAUUGUUACAAUAACAGAGACUAUUGACAGACCUGACAUUGAAAAGCCUAUCAGGAAGGAGAAAGACCACAGUGAUGAGAAGUUUAUACGAAAGCCCUUAAAGCUGGCUCCACUGGACCUCCCAGACGACGUGAAAAAGUCCCAGCUUGAAAAAAUUGCUGUCGGAUACAAGGUCGACGUUUCUCGACCGGGGAAUCACAUGCCCGGGAGCGACUUGUCAAAAGCAUUCCAUGCACAGCGAAGGACUCUGGCUCCAUUAGUUUUGGACACGAUGGAAGAAAUGAAACGUAAGGAAAAGGCCUUGUUGGUUGUCCCAAAGGAAGAGACGAUUUUUCAAAACAAGCGCUGCCUCGGCGCCGAAUUGAUGCCAGCGAGCAAAAGUCACUUUCUCCCGCAGAAGUCGGGACCUGAGUUUUCUCCGGGCGGUAAAACAGCACGUGAAAUUAGAUUUCGGGAACCGCAGAAGAACGUUAAAGUUUGCGUAAAUAACGCAGCCGCACCCCGCGAGGGUGCACAUAGAUCUGACACUUCCCCAUCUCGUUGCAAAUCGGAGAUAGAGCGAGCGGGUCUCAGACAGGUUUCUGAAGCGACGAGAGCAUCCGUGCAGCAAGUGAAUGCCGCCACUAACCUGCCAAAGGCCAAUCGAUUCAAAUCAGUCGGGAAUAUAAUUGAGAAUCACACCCACUUCGAAGGGAAACCUGGGUCAUCUAAGCGCACAGAAAGAGUCCUCAGCAAUGCAAAGAAACUGUUGGAGGCGUCAUCAAAAGCACAGCUUGUCGAAAAGAACGGCGAUCAUGCAAAUUAAUCUCCAGCCAGUGGAAGCAUCUGAAAACGAAUCCUAAGAGCUGCAGAAAACCGCACGCUAAAUUGAUAACGUGAUUGUUUUGGUGCAUUUGCACAGUGCGCUCAUGCCACGGACAAAUCGAAUGUGCGUCACGUUUAAAUUGACUGUUUAUUGACUUGACUUUGCUUUAUUUUAAAUGUUUGUUUAGCGUUCACACGAGACUAGUUUAACGUGUAUGUGUGUGCGUGUGCGAAACACAUGAGCGGUAGUGUAGCGGUUAGCGCACUGCGCUACAAACCCUGACAGCUAACACCAGUGACAAUUAUCUGAACCGGUCUCUGGGCCUUCCGUAAGUCGACUCAGCCUCAAAUGAGUAGCUGGUGUGAUAUGUUAACAUCGCUACUGAGAAGACAAAGGAAGCCAGGCGUGGUGCUGGUCACCGACCCCCUCGUGUGCCAUGCCGACCUUCAUUGGUGCUCGCUAACAGCACUUGCCCCAACAGUCUGUGAAGGCUAUACGGGGGAUCUUUGGCUUUUUCAUUUGUGAGACUUGUUGACCAAUUUUACAUGGACUUAGUGAAAAUAUCUUCUGCUAUGAAAACGUAUCUGCUGCUGUAAUUGUUUUCAGAAAUAUAUAUUAAAAUAUACAUUUCUGAAAUGCAAUCUACGUAUUCAAUGAUUACUUUUAGAAAUGUUUAGAUUUUUUAACUGCAAUAUGUCCAAUUCCUAAAUAACAUGAACUUGUUUUGACAUUGAUUACCAUGGCUUCCGGCACCAUAAAUGUUAACAUGAACCACCAUUGACAUCAGUGUAUGGGUCGUGUUGGCUAUACACACAGGUUAAGUUCAUGUUUGUCCCACCAUACAUUCGGACCAUAAUACAUGCUUUUCUUUGGUCCUUGAGACCACUUCAUCUACAUACCUCAGAUUAACACGGUUGGCUACGUAGAGUGUGAAAUAAGUUCAACAUACGUACAUCUCCAGCUUUGCACAACUCAAAGGACGUUCCAGGUGCAAGUAGAUUUGCGAGUAAAAAAAAAUGCUCUGCCUUUUAUUCACAUGCUGACCUGCAAAUUCCGUUUUUACUCCUCCCUGGGAGGGUCCCACGCCGUGAAUGAAAUUACUCAAUCUGAAAGGUACGCAGGAGGAGAGAAACCAGGAGCCCGUUGGAUACGCGCCGCUCUGUGUAUUACCCAUAAAAGAGGUUUUUCGGUUAGAUCGCCGAAAUAUAAAUGUGCCGUCAAGCUCGCCACCACCCGACACAUCCAAUUAGUAACGAUUUUGUUCACGUGACAAAUAUUGGCUGUUUAUUAUGGAUAAUGUUGGUCGCGAAAGCCUACGUGUUGAACUGCUUUGCGUAUUCUCCGCCACAAUGCGGCAACUUUAAGCGAAAGUAUAAUUGUUAAGUUUGACCUCCAAAGCCGGAGGUGGGGAAGGGGGAGGGUUGUGUUGACACACCUUUAAUGAAAAUAAAAUAUGGUUGCACGAUCCCUGGAAUGUUUGCGCGACCAUCAGUCACGAACUACCCGGGUCGA